UUCAAUUGUCUUCUUCCUGCUUUCACCUGCGGUCAAUACGCCGAAUGUAACCAAUACAAUGGCAAAUGCUCAUGUCCUCCCGGCUUCGGGGGUGAUGACUGUCUCUCUCCAGUCUGCGGGUCACUGGCAGAUGGACAGGACCGACCCAUGCGAACAGGCGAUUACUGCGAAUGCGAAGAGGGGUGGACGGGCAUUAAUUGUAAUGUCUGUACCUCAAACAAAGCAUGCAACGCGUUGAUGCCGAUGCCCGAGGAAGGAGGAGGAGUCUGCUACCAGAAUGGAGAGGUGGUCAAGGAAAAUUACCAGAUGUGCGACGUCACAAACGUCAAGAUCGUCGAGAUCUUGGAGGGGAAGAAACCGCAGGUCACUUUCACCUGCAAUGCGGCUGACAAGACCUGCGCCUUUCAAUUUUGGGUCGACCAGAGAGAAUCGUUCUAUUGCAGCUUGGACUCUUGCGUAUCUAGUACCGACAACGACUACAGCCAGAAUAGCACCAACUACAGAUGCGAAAAUGUCGAGUGCAAAUGUAUUCCGGAUCGGAUGUUGUGUGGAGAGAAUGGUUCUGUUGAUAUCACCGACUUUCUGGAUCAACUGAUUCGAGGGCCGGCAGAGUUCAGUUGUCUUCAGCAUGCUGGCGGCAAAAACAAGUGCGAGUUCACGGAACCGGAGAUGGAUAAUCUGAUUCAGCAGAUGUUUGGAGACAGCAGCAUUUUCAUUGAGUGCCAAUCUGGUGAAUGCCUCUACGAGACGGAGGUCCCAGGAUUUGAGCGGCCGGUAAAGAAGAUCAACACGCCUUUGAUUGCUGGGGUCAUUGCUGGCAGCUCCUUGUUUGUCGUUGCAGUUAUCCUAACCGUUUGGUACCUUUCUCGGAGACAAUUCAAACAUGGGCCCAUCCGUCUGGAUGAUUCCGAUGACGAGGGCAUGAAGCUUAUGACAGACCAUAAGCCAGCAUCCUUAUACUUCGAGAAUGUCUCUUACAAUCUGAAUGGGAAGCGGAUACUCUCCGGCGUCCAAGGUGUUGCCCAUCCUGGGGAGCUAUUGGCGAUCAUGGGAGCUUCUGGUGCAGGCAAGACGACAUUCCUUGACAUUCUUGCGCGAAAGAACAAGCGUGGAAUUGUUGAAGGCGACUUCUAUGUCAACGGGGAGAAGGUCAAUGAUGCGGAAUACAAGAACGUUGUUGGAUUUGUGGACCAGGAAGACACCAUGCUGCCUACUCUAACUGUUCAUGAGACUAUCAUGACUAGUGCACUGCUUCGUCUUCCUCGUGACAUGGGCAGAGCAGCAAAGGAACAGAAGGUUUAUGAAGUGGAGAAGCAAUUGGGAAUCUCUUCUAUCAGGGACUCAUUGAUCGGCUCUGCAGAUGGUAAAGGCCGUGGGAUCUCUGGUGGUGAGAAACGAAGGGUUGGUAUUGCCUGUGAGCUCGUCACGAGCCCAAGUAUUCUAUUCCUUGAUGAACCGACCAGUGGGCUGGAUGCCUACAACGCCUUUAACGUCAUCGAGUGCCUGGUUACCCUGGCCAAGACUUAUAAGCGGACAGUCAUUUUUACGAUUCAUCAACCGAGAUCGAAUAUCGUGUCUCUCUUUGACGGAUUGCUUCUCUUGGCGAAGGGGCAAACUGUCUAUUCUGGGCCCUUCAGUCAGUGCCAGGACUUCUUCGACCAGAUCGGCUACUCGUGCCCACCGGGAUUUAACAUUGCAGAUUACUUGGUAGAUUUGACGAUGCAUAUCGGAACUCCUCACACGCCUAUAGAUGAACGAAUACCUGGCUUGGAGCCAGCUCCAAGCAGUGAUGGGCCAAGCAGCACUAGGGCAGUCAAGUCAAUAGCAAGCACCUCCGGUGGCAGUAUUGAAGAUGGCAUCAUCGGUAACGCUGUGGAUUCAGUGAGGAGGCCGAAGGGGAUGCGUCGAGAUUCAGUCAAGGCGAGGCAGGAAAGAGAGCUUUUCACACGCAAGAGGAAUGGUCGCGAGACUCCGGCCUCCCAAACUGAUGAGACACCACUUGACCCCAGUGUGGCAGGGUCACAUCAAUGGCUUAGUCUUUCCAAGAAAUCAUCCAGCCACGCAACUCAAUCAAUCUUGGAAGAUGUUGAUGAUUUGCCACCUGUCGCGGGGGGUGCAGGAACUGAUCUUGAUCUCCUUGUCGCCGCGUACGCAGGAUCUGAAAUCGCGGAGAAUAUUCGCAACGAUAUCCAUACCGCCAUAGAUACUGCCCAGGCCGCAAAUGGGAACAUGAAUGGGCAUUCUGAUGUUAACGGAUCAGCCCAUGUUAGUGCCGUGGGUAAAGGCUAUGCGAGAAUUGGCUACCUCCGGCAAUUUGUGAUUCUAUCUCAACGAACAUGGCGAAAUCUUUACCGGAAUCCGAUGCUGAUGCUCACGCAUUAUGCAAUUGCCAUUCUACUGGCAGUCCUAUCCGGUUUUCUCUUUUAUGGGCUGACAGACGACAUCGCGGGUUUCCAAAACCGACUUGGAUUGUUCUUCUUCGUCUUAGCUCUUUUCGGUUUCAGCACACUCUCCAGUCUAAAUGUGUUUGCUACUGAGAGGCCUGUGUUCGUGAAAGAAAGGGCAAAUGGUUACUACUCGCCAAUCACCUAUUUCGUGGCCAAGGUCAUUUUUGACAUUGUGCCACUCCGAAUUCUUCCCCCGAUAAUAAUGGGCUCGAUUCUGUACCCGAUGACUGGAUUGGUCCCAGAUGCUACUCAUUUUUUCAAAUUUAUCCUGGUCCUGGUCUUAUUCAACCUUGCAGCCGCCGCAAUCUGCCUCUUCAUCGGUAUUGUCUGUAAGGACAGCGGCGUGGCAAGUUUGAUAGGAAGUCUGGUUAUGCUUUUCAGCUUACUCUUCGCUGGCUUGUUGCUCAAUCAUAACGCCAUUCCGAAAUCCGCAUUGUGGCUACAAGCAUUGUCCAUCUUCCAUUAUGGCUUUGAAUCUCUUAUUGUCAACGAGGUCACCUUCUUGACACUCAUAGACAAGAAGUACGGUCUGGAUAUUACGGUCCCAGGUGCCUCAAUCCUGAGCUCCUUCGGCUUCAACACUCAGGCAUUCUGGCCUGAUGUUAUUAGUUUGGGCAUCUUUGCCUCCGCCUUUAUUGUCCUGGGAUAUAUUGCUAUGCACGUCCUGCUGGUUGAGAGACGUUAG